UCAUUUUUGCCGUUGUCUUUUUAUCACAUACAUGUGUUCAGUAUAUUUACAUGGACACUGCUGAGAGAAGUGGUUACCUUUUAUUACUUGGUUUAAUACCGUUCAAUAUUUCAUUUAACUAAUAGCAAUUAGAUUUGUUAACUGUUGUACGUUUUCUGGAUAAAAGUCAGCUAUAAAAGCUCAUUUCCUAGAAGUAAUCACAUUUCGGGUUGUGUUUCUCGCUCUCAAUCGGUCAGUCAGAACAGAACGGGUUCAGCAGCAGCAGUCAACUGCGACAACGAUUGCGGAAUAGAAGUGAAAUAGUUUCGUUCCCAGCCAAACAUGGACACUGUAAGCAAUGACGUACCGGUGCUAGAAUCGUGCAUUCCGCUGCCCAUCGAGGCGGAUCAGCUGCUGGAAGUCGUGGAGAAGGCCAAAGAUUGGGCUGUCAUGCACGGGGCGGCUAUGCGAUCCAAAGCAAAUUUUAAUCCCGAUGCCUUGCAGUUUGCACCGUUCAUUCUGACACCGAGUUCAUUUCCUCGGAAGGAAUUUGAAAAGGCAGUCGCACUACAAACAACUUUGAACGAACUGAUGCACGCCGUUUCGUAUGAUUACGACUUUUUGCGCGAAACUCUCCAGGGUACCAUAAAGGUCGACGAGUUUACCCGUUCGCUGUUCGAAAUCUUCGAAACCGUAUUGGCAGAAGGAAUCGCUCAGCCAAUUUCGCUGGGCCUUUUACGAUCCGAUUUGAUGCUGGAAACGAGAUGCGAGAACGCGUGCAAGGUACAGUGCAAACGAGCGCAGGCCUACUGCUGUUGGAAGCAGGUUGAGAUCAAUUCCAUCGCGUCGGGCUUCGGCCACUUGGGCCCCGCGAGCAAAUCUCUGCAAAGUUUUAUCCUGACAGAACUGGGCCAUUCGGAUAAGUUGGCUAAACUACCACCAAACGGAGCCUUGUACGGAUUGUGUGAUGCCAUGGUAGAGGCCUGGACACUUCAAAACCGUCCACAGGCAGUGAUCCUGUUCGUAAUCGAAGAUAUCACCUACAACAUCUGCGAUCAGAGGUUCCAUGAGUUCUACAUUCGUGAAAAGUACUCGCACAUUCAGGUCAUCCGUCGAACGUUGACACAAAUCCACGCACAAGGUAAGCUAGGUUCCGACGGUCAGCUACUGCUGGGAGACCAGGAAGCUUCGGUGAUUUAUUUCCGAGCGGGUUACGAACCGGGUCACUAUCACGGCCAGAACGAGUGGUCGGCCAGACUGCUGAUGGAACGUUCCACCGCCAUCAAAUGUCCGUCGAUACAGUAUCACUUAGCCGGUACCAAAAAAGUUCAACAGGCUCUCGCUAAACCGGGAACUUUGAAAAGAUUCAUAUCCGAUGAGCGUAAAAUCGAUACCAUCAAGGAGAUCUUUACCGGUCUGUAUUCGCUGGACAAAAAUGAACAAGGCGAUGAAGCAGUCAAGCUGGCACUGGCAGACCCGGAACGUUACGUGCUGAAACCACAACGCGAAGGUGGAGGCAACAAUGUCUACGGUGCUGACAUUCCAGGAGCUUUGACCAAAAUGGACGAGAGUGAGCGAUCGGCGUGGAUUCUGAUGGAACGGAUCUUUCCACCGGUUUCCAAAGGUUACAUGAUACGUGCGGGUGGAACGAUGCCUCCGGAAAUUGUAAAUCUAGUGUCAGAGCUGGGAAUUUUCGGUGCCAUUAUCGGAACCAAGGACAAGGUGGUAUACAACAAACAGGUUGGACAUAUGUUGCGUACAAAACUAUCUAGCGCAAACGAGGGUGGAGUUGCCGCUGGUUUAGGGGCACUCGAUAGCCCUUAUUUGAUCGAUUAGCAUCAUUGUUUUACUUAUCCAAUCGAUUUGAUUGUGAAUUAUUAAACAUUCGGGGUAUAAUUUCAA